AUAAAUGACACAAAUAAUAUAACUUUCCUAAAGAAAAGGUUUGGUUUGUUUCUUUAGUUUAUGGAUCUUAAAAGAAAUUGUUUUAAAAAUGUACCCAUGUCGAAUUUUAACACGAGGAACCCAAUUUAUCAAUAUAUUUCAAAAGAAAAAUUAUUCAUCAGAAGCGGAAAUUAAAACAUCCCCGUAUAAAGUUCAUAAAUUACCAUCAGAACCGUCACAAACUUCAAAAAUUGCCAAAGAAGAAGCGUUACAAAUGUAUGAAUACAUGGUCGCAAUACGUCGAAUGGAAAACUUGUUGGCUCAGCUUUAUACUAAAAAAUUAAUUCGUGGAUUUUGUCAUUUAUAUGAUGGUCAAGAAGCUGUUUGUGUUGGAAUUAAAUCAAUGAUGAGUGAUAAAGAUGAUAUAAUAUCGUCGUAUAGAGCUCAUGGUUGGAAUUUGGUGAUGGGAAAUUCAAUGCAUGGUGUUAUAGCCGAACUAAUCGGAAAAGCUACGGGGGUUUCGCAAGGAAAAGGUGGUUCGAUGCAUACAUAUGGGAAAAAUUUUUAUGGUGGAAAUGGAAUUGUUGGUGCUCACGUUCCUUUAGGAACUGGAAUGGCUUUACAACAUAAAUAUAAUAACACAGGUGGUAUAUCUGUGAUUUGUUUCGGAGAUGGUGCUGCUAAUCAAGGACAAGUUUUCGAAGCUUAUAACAUGGCUAAAUUGUGGAACUUACCGGCUUAUUAUGUCGUUGAGAAUAAUCUUUACGGUAUGGGAACAAGUUCGAAAAGAUCAUCUGCGAAUCCAGACUAUUAUACAAGAGGUGAUUAUAUCCCUGGUGUUCAAGCAGAUGGUAUGGAUUUUUUUUCGAUACGUGAAGCUACGCGGUUUUGUAAGGAAUAUAUUUUGAGCGGAAAAGGCCCGAUAAUUCUUGAAGCAGUAACGUAUCGUUAUCAUGGACAUUCUAUGUCAGAUCCAGGUACGAGUUAUCGAUCACGAGAUGAAAUUAAACAAAAACGUGAGUCAUCUGAUCCAAUAAUGCAGUUUAAGAAAAAGGUUACUGCGGCAAAUGUUUGCAACGAAGAAGAAUUCAACAAUGUGGAUGCUAAAGUUAAAAAAGAAUUAAAAGAAGCUGCUGAUCGAGCUUCUAAAGAACCAUUUCUUGAUGCACCCGCACUUGUUUACGAUAUUUACGCUAUUAAUUUGGAAGGAAAAAUAAGAACUGUUCAUUAUGAUAAACCACUUGAACAUAAAGUAACAGGAUUAGCUGUAAAUCUAAAAUAAUUUUUGGCUAUUUAAAGAAUACACAAUGUGUUAUGUUUUGUA